GGAGGAAGCUAGCGUCAGGCAUGGAGCAGUCGAGAGUCGAAACAAGGGAGGGCUGAGAGUUGAAAUUUCCCUCUUGGUUGGUUGGGUUUUUUGGUGAUGGCCUCUAAAAUUAGGUUCUAUGGGAGGAAGUUUGGAUGUCCAAGAGUUGUAGGUGGUGAGAUAGGUGCCUCUUCUGGAGCACGUUUUGGGAGUGCAUAUUGUUAUUUUUCACAGGGAAGUGUAUGGUUUGUCAUUAUAGUGUUGGAUUAGGCUAGUCGAGUUCAAUAUGGUCGUUCGUGAUUAACUUGCCUUUUUGGGUUCGUGGUAGAAUAUGGGCUGGACUAACUUUACGGGCACCCCAACAGACUUAUAGCGCGGGUAAUACAGGAAAAAACACCAAAAUGAUUAGUAAUGGGCCCACUCAUAUGGAACUCAACAAUACACAAACAUUUUUAUAACAAUAUUGUCUGAAAAAUAUGUUCGUUUCACUAGUUUUAUAUAUCCAAUGAGCGAAAAAAAGUUAUGUGUUGCCAAAAGAAGCUCACAUACUACAUGAAACUAUAAUAGAAUUUCAAAAGGCGUUUUUAUAUAUUUUUAUUUAUUCUGUAUGUGAAGAGAAGUGUUCAAUAGUGGUAAGAAAAAAAAUGUCCAGGCAUAUGAAUAUAAAUGGUCGUGCAUUUAAAAUAAUAAUUGCAUAUAUAAAAAAGUAUUCAUGUGUCGCUAUAUUUUUCAUGUUUUGAGAAAGUGUUCGCAUGGUAAUGAAAAGUGUCCAUGUAUCUCUCAAAACCAUCAAUCUAUUUUACCCAGAAAAUAGAGAAGAAAAAUGAGAAAGGAACAGCAAAAAGGAAAAUGAUAAAAAAGAAAGCGAUAAUGCGCCCGGCCCAUGUGGGGCGAUUUGUCCCUUAUAUGGCGAUAUAAGUGCUUGCCUGUUUGGGGUCGAUUCCCUCCCGCCCACUUGCCCGUCCGCUUUCAAAAAAAGUUGUGGCGCCAAUUCCGGCCUUAUCAGUUACCACUUACCAAGGCCACAAGAGUACAUGAGAGUGAGCACUGCGGCCACAAUCUACCACGAAUGUGUGCGUCAAAUGGCCGCCAGGGUGGAUAAGGGUGAUCUUCAGCACUGUGGUCCAGCGGAUAUUAUCUUGGAGAGGAUGGCAACAGUUCUUGUUUGAAAGCUAAGCAGGUUGUACUAUAUAUCGUCAGGGUUAAGAAGAAACGUAGUACGGUACCUGAGUAGUGCAGAGAAGGUGGGUGAUCGAAUCGACCUGGCUGCAGCAGCAAUGGCUGCCAUUGCCGUCUUCUCCCUGCUGUUGCUCCUCUCUUCUGCUCCUGCUGUUCUUGGCUUCACGAGGAGCGACUUCCCGCCGGAGUUCGUCUUCGGAGCCGCCACCUCCGCAUACCAGUAUGAGGGUGCCGUGGCUGAGGAUGGCAGGAGCCCAAGCGUCUGGGACACCUUCACACAAGCAGGGAAAAUGUCGGAUAAAAGCACAGGCGAUGUAGCUGCUGAUGGGUACCACAAGUACAAGGAUGAUAUCAAGCUCAUGGUUGACACUAACCUAGAGGCUUACAGAUUCUCUAUCUCCUGGUCAAGGCUUAUACCAAAUGGGAGGGGGGCUAUCAACCCAAAAGGUUUGGAGUACUACAACAACCUUAUAAAUGAGCUAGUGCAACAUGGGAUUCAAGUCCAUGUUAUGCUUUCCCAUCUCGAUUUCCCGCAAGUUUUGGACGAUGAGUAUGGCGGAUGGUUAAGCCCUAAAAUUGUGGAGGAUUUCACAGCAUUUGCGGAAGUGUGCUUUAGGGAGUUUGGAGACAGGGUUUCAUACUGGACAACGAUAGAUGAACCUAAUGUCAGCGCACUAGGAUCUUACGACAAUGCACUAUUUGCCCCGGGACGUUGCUCCAACCCAUUUGGAAUAACAAAUUGUACAGUGGGAAACUCAACUGUGGAACCAUACAUAGCAGCUCAUAACAUGAUACUGGCUCAUGCAUCAACUACCAGACUUUACGGAGAAAAAUAUCGAGCUGCCCAAAAGGGAGGUGUUGGCAUAAAUGUUUACUCUUCUUGGAGUUAUCCUAUGACGAACUCUGAUGUGGAUGUGGAAGCAGCUAAAAGAUACUUAGACUUCGUGUUCGGAUGGAUACUAGAGCCCUUGGUGUCUGGAGAUUACCCAGAUGUGAUGAGGAAAAAUGUUGGGUCUCGACUUCCAUCGUUCACAAAGUCCCAAUCUCAAGUUGUCAAGGGAGCUGUUGAUUUCAUAGGAAUAAACCACUACUAUUCCAUGUAUGUUAAUGACCGUCCUUUAGACAAAGGCACUCGUGACUAUUCAGCAGACAUGUCUCUUUACCAAAGAGCUUCUAAAACAAUCCCAGGAAGUAGCAAGAAUGUCCCAGCAUCUUCUCAAAGUGACCCGGAAGGAUUGCAAUAUGUGCUGCAGUACCUUACGAAAGCCUAUGGGAACCUUCCUAUCUAUGUGCAAGAGAAUGGUGUUGCAUCUAAUGACACUCUCGAUGACACCGAAAGGAUCGAAUACUUGAAGAGCUACAUGGGUAGCACACUGAAGGCAGUAAGGAAUGGAGCAAACGUAAAAGGCUACUUUGUCUGGUCCUUCCUAGACGUCUUCGAGUUCUUUGCAGGGGCCAAGUCACGGUACGGCCUGUACCGUGUCGAUUUUAACGAUGAGGCGCUGCCACGACAAGCGAAGCUCUCUGCUCGAUGGUACUCUGGCUUCCUGAAGAACAAUGACACCUAUGUUCAGAACGAGCUCGAAAGUACAGGAUCGCAUGCUCUGCAAUGAGCCGUAAAACAGAUGGUGGAAAUGUCGAGUCAUCCUAUGUAAAUAAACGUUUCAUGUAAAUAUAGUGGUUUAUUACAUAUACAUCAUGUAGUACCUUAUGUACCUACAAGAGUGGUUGGCAGUGCCCUACGCAUGGCCAUGUCUCAUGAUGGAGGUUUAGGUGUGUUGUAACAGGUUUUGCUCGGUUUUUCCGCUAAUUAACCGGACAAUACUCUUCAGCUUCUAUCAAUAGAUUGAGAGGUGGUGCAAAAUCCGCAGCGAUCAGCGGCGGCCAUACAUGCACUGGUGCUGAAUUUUACUCGAGUGGCUGGGAAGGGAACUCCUAUUCCUAGGAAGAACAUAUGGCCACCAGUCUUACCCUGCAACUACUACUGAAUGUGGACGCCUCUUUCAUCGAGGGCUCCCACUCCGGGUCAUGCGAAGCAAUUGUUAGAGAUCACAGAGGUUACUUCAUUACUGGUUCUACCUCACAAAUUGAACAUGUAGCAGAUGUUGUGUCUGCAGAAGCUGCGGCACUUCAUGAAGGAUUGAGGCUACUCCAAACCCUGGGAUGCAACAACGUAUAAGUGAUUAUGGACAAUAUCAUUGUGGUCUAAGCUCUACGUCUCAAUGAGGGUUACUCUAUGGUGGCAGCUCCAUUGCUUGAUGAUUGCAGAGACUUAAUACUAGAAUUCGGGAAGGCUACUAUUGAGCAUUGUAAUCAAUAGAGAAUCUAAUGCAGUGGCUCACGUGCUAGCAGAGUGGGGGCGUGCGAACAAUCCAACUGUUUGGAUGGAUGCACCUCCGAGUUAUAUUGUUAAACUUUUAGCAGACGAUGAUAGUGUUAUUUGAGUUU